UGGGGAGAAGCCUUAUAAAUGCAUGGAGUGUGGAAUGAGCUUUGCUCGGAGUUCAACUCUCCGUACCCAUCUAAGGACUCACAGUGGGGAGAAACCCUAUGAAUGCCUGGAGUGUGGAAAGAGCUUCACUCAGCGGGGGAAUCUACGUAAACAUCAAAUGACCCACACUGGGGAGAAACCCUAUCCAUGCCUGGAGUGUGGAAAGAGCUUUGCUCAGAAGGGAGAUCUUCAUUUGCACCAAAAGACUCAUAGUGGGGAGAAAACCUAUGCAUGCCUGGAGUGUGGGAAGAGCUUCACUCAGAGUGCAGGUCUACGUUCACAUCUAAAGACUCACACUGGGGAGAAACCCCAUAAAUGCCUGGAGUGUGGACAUAGCUUCACUCGUAGUGAACAUCUACAUAAUCAUCAACGGACUCACACUGGGGAGAAACCCUAUACAUGCCUGGAGUGUGGAAAGGGCUUCGCUCAAAAGGGAGACUUAUGUUCACAUCAAAGGAUUCACACUGGGGAGAAACCGUUUAAAUGUCUUGAGUGUGGGCAGAGCUUCACUCAUAGUUCAAGUCUACAUAAACAUCAAAGUGUUCACACUGGGGAGAAACCCUAUAAAUGCCUUGAGUGUGGACAGAGCUUUAGUCAUAGUUCAAGUCUACAUAAACAUCAAAGGAAUCACACUGGCGAAAAACCCCAUACAUGCUUGGAGUGUGGAAAGACCUUUGCUCGUAGUUCAAGUCUACGUGAACAUCAAAGGACUCACACUGGGGAGAAACCCUAUGAAUGCUUGGAGUGUGGGAAGAGGUUCGCUAAUAAGGCAAGUCUACAUAGACAUCAAAGAACUCACACUGGAGAGAAACCCUAUACAUGCCCGGAAUGUGGACAGAGCUUCACUCGUAGUUCAACUCUACAUAGACAUCAAAGGAUUCACACUGGGGAGAAACCUCAUGAAUGCUUGGAGUGUGGGAAGAGGUUCACGGAUAGUUCAAAUCUGUUUAAACACCAGCGGUCUCACACUGGGGAGAAACCCUAUAAAUGCUUGGUUUGUGGAAAGGCCUUCACUCAUAGUGGAGCCCUACAUAUACACCAAAGGAUUCAUACUGGAGAGAAACCCUAUCAAUGCCUUGAGUGUGGAAAGAAGUUCACUCAGAGUGGAGACCUUCGCAAACACCAACAGUCUCACACUGGGGAGAAACCCUAUAAAUGCUUGGAGUGUGGAAAGUGCUUCCCUCAGAGUGCAGUCCUACGUAAACAUCAAAGGACUCACAUCGGGAAGGAACCCUAUAAAUGCCUAAUAUGUGGACAGAGCUUCACUCGUAGUUCAAGUCUACAUAAACAUCAGAAGACUCACACUGAGGAGAAACCCGAUAAAGACAUAGCAUAGAAUCAUAGAAUAAUAGAAUUGGAAGAGAGUAGGCAUGGGCCAUCUAAUCCAACCCUGCUGCGAUUUUAUAUACUUCAUAUGCUUUUAUGGGUUUAACCAGAAAUGUUUUAAUAUUAAUGAUGAUUAGUAAUAUUUUAAUAUUUGUAUAUUUUAAGUUGUGUUGCAAUGCUUUUAAUUCCUGUGCUGCUUUGAGUCUUCAUAUGGAGAGAAAAAGUGAAACAUAAAUAUAAGAUUUUCAAUACAUAUAAUAUAAUGUAAUAUAUAGAGAUAAGUUUCAUAUAAUCUUUCUGUAUAAAUAAUCCUUGUGAGGUUUCUUCAGUAGUUUCUCCAUGUGGUUCAUCACAAUCAUUGUUACUAAUACAUUUUAUUUCCUUA